GGGAUACUCUUAACACUCCCCCUCAAGUGGACAACCGGGCCAUUUUGAAUCUAACCGAUUGACCACUUGCAAAUGAACUCCCAUUCCCUUUAUUUUUUUUGAGCGCCAACACCUAAAGGACCACGAGCCGCUGGGUAUGGACUUCCAGACGAGCAAUCGUGUUAAACAGGCCACAGGCCGUUGGGUACAUACUCCAUACGGACAAUUGGGCUAAAGACAAACGGGCCGCUAGGAAUGAACGUCUAGACGGACACCUUGACAAAUGAGGUGGGCCAAGACCUGCUCUGAUACCAUGAUAGAAUUUGAGAUGGAGCUGUUGCGUGUCAUGAGGAGGUUGAAUAUGAAAGAACAGCAAACAGAUAUUUUACUACAAAGGUUAGUUCUUGGAACUCUUCUAUCAGCGCUAUCUGAUAAUCCUCGGGGUCAGAACCAUUUUCGAAGUAUUGGCGGCCUUGAAGCUCUUCUGGAUGGGCUGGGAGUUGUAUCAAACAAUGCUUUGUUACCAGAUGAUUUCUCAAGUUCUGGCGUUACUAGGAAUAAUAACUUCCUAACAGAUGUUUUCCACCUCCAUGUUCUUCUAUUGGAGGUACUUAGGGAGGCUGUCUUUGGAAAUUUAAACAACAUGCAGUUCCUAUCGGAGAAUGGAAGGGUGCACAAGUUUGCGAAUAGCUUUUGUUCACUUGCAUUCACACUUCAAAAAAUCAAAAUGGAUGAUGAUGAACAACCAGACGAUUUCGAUGACAGUAGUACAAUCUCUACUAAAGAUGAAGGGAAAAUGGAUGCAUCCACAGUUCGAGUCAAGCUAUCUCAUUUGUGUAGUUGGAAAAAUUAUGUUGCCAAGUUGAGCACUGUUCUUUUUUCUUUUCUGCUUGCGUCAGGAGAUAGUAAACCAUAUAAGUUUCAAUCAACUCAAAGAAGUAACCUGCCACUGUCCUCAGCUUAUGUCGAACUUUCUGUAAAGUGGGUCAUUAGAGUGCUUCUUAUAGUUUUUCCGUGCAUAAAAGCUUGCUCUAAUGAAAAGGAGCUGCCCAACCAUUUAAGGGUUUUCAUCUAUGUGCUUCAGCGUUGUGUUCUCUCUGCAAUCAAGAAAACACUGACUUUUUCAUCGUCACUAGUUGACAUAUUCCGAGCCGAAGGAGCCUGGGACUUCCUCUUCUCCGAAAACUUUUUUUAUUUUGAGCCUCCAUCCGGGGAAUUUUCUGGUCAUCAUGGUUCCAGCUACGAAAUUUCAUUGGCCAUCAAUGACCAAAGGCAUGCUUCAAAUUGCUCUCGUAGUCCUAUAAGUCUUAAUGAAGCUGAAGCUAUUCAGAGAGAAGUGAUUUCAUUCAUGGAAUUUGUGGCAACUUCAAUUGGAAGUUCACACAACUUGCCUGAGUGUUCAAUUUUGUUAGAUGCACUUGAACAAUGUGCUUGUAAUCCUGGGAUAGCUAAUGCUCUUGCUCGGAGCCUGCUUCAAAUAUUGCAACUUUCCUACGAGAAAUCUAUUUCUUCGUUCAAGACACUUGAUGCAAUUCCUCGUGUUCUUAAGAUUGCAUGCAUACAGGCUCAUGAAUCUAAGAGGCCUGCAGUAGAAAGCCCUCACUUGAAUUCAAAUCUGGUCAAAAUAGGAACUUUUGACCCAGAGAUGUCGAUUUCUGCCGAGGCAUCUCACUCUUGGCACAUGAGCAUGGCAACUUGCAUUGAAAUCUUCACAACGUACUUUUCUGUUAUAGAUGAUGCAAAAAGUUCAAUGUUGCAUAGUCCUGCUUGUGUUGACCGUUUGUUUGAUUUAUUUUGGGAAGAAGGCCUGAGAAACAUCAUGCUUUCUUAUAUUCUUGAUCUGAUGAAGAUUAUCUCAAUAUCCGAGGAAGACCACAAGGCAAAACUUUAUUUAUGUUCGAAGUAUUUAGAGACAUUCACACAUGUAAAGGAACAUGAGAACUUUGUAGAAUUAUCUACUGACUUGCUUGUUGGGAUGAAAGAUUUGCUCUCAACUGAUCAGGAGUACUAUCAGGCUUUAUUCUGUGAUGGCGAGUGUUUCAUACAUGUGGUCUCUUUGCUCAAUGGGAACCUUGAUGUGAAAGACGGUGAGAAGCUGGUUCUAAAUGUCCUCCAAACACUGACCUGCUUGCUUUCAAGGAAUGAUUCCUCAAAGGCUGCAUUUAGAUCACUUGCCGGUGUGGGUUAUCAGACAUUACGAAGCAUACUGUUGGACUUUUGCCAAUGGCAACCAAGUGAUGCACUUUUGAAUGCCUUGCUCGAUAUGUUGGUCGAUGGGAAGUUUGAUCCCAAGGCAAGCCCUGUGAUUAAAAAUGAAGAUGUCAUUUUGCUCUAUAUGAGUGUUCUGCAGAAGAGCAGUGGGUCGUUGCAGCAAUAUGGGUUAAAUGUUUUUCUUCAUCUUCUAAGGGAUUCAAUAUCCAACCGAGCUUCUUGUGUUAGAGCAGAGAUGCUUAACUUCCUUCUUGAUUGGUUUGCGCUUGAAGACAAUGACGGUGUAAUCCUGAAAAUUGCCCUAUUGAUUCAGGUCAUUGGGGGCCAUAGCAUUUCAGGGAAGGACAUCCGUAAAAUAUUUGCUCUACUUCGAAGUGACAAAGUUGGAUCUCAUAAGCAAUAUUGUUCAUUGCUAUUAACCAGUGUGUUGUCAAUGCUAAAUGAGAAAGGACCAACUGCCUUUUUUGAUCUUAAUGGCGUGGACUCUGGAAUAUCAAUAAAAACCCCAGUUCAGUGUCCUUUGAGUAAAGGAUUUUCCUUCACUUGUUGGCUAAGGGUAGAAAGCUUUCCCACAAGUGGGACUAUGGGACUUUUCAAUUUUCUCACCGAAAGUGGAAGAGGAUGCAUUGCUGUCCUCACAAAGGACAGGUUAACCUAUGAGUCAAUAAAUCAGAAGCGACAGUGUGUCUAUCUUCAUGUGAACAUCGCUACGAAAAAGUGGCAUUUUUUGUGUAUCACCCAUACCAUUGGUAGGGCGUUUUCUGGGGGCAGCCAAUUAAAAUGUUAUUUGGAUGGAGUUCUUGCGUCAUCUGAGAAAUGCAGAUAUGCAAAAAUCAACGAGCAUUUGACUUAUUGCACCAUUGGCACAAAAUUAUCUUUUCCUUAUUGCGAGGAGAAUUCUAUGCUCUCGAUCAAAGAUUCAUCCCCAUUUUUUGGCCAGAUUGGUCCAGUUUACCUGUUCAAUGAUUCUAUUACUUCUGAACAAGUGAAACUUGUUUAUUCCCUAGGGCCAAGCUACAUGUACUCCUUCCUUGACAGUGAAGUUGCAAUUGGUUUGGGAAAUCCAUAUAGCAAUGGAGUCCUUGAUGUGAAGGAUGGCCUUUCAUCCAAAAUUAUCUUUGGGCUUAAUGCACAGGCAAGUAAAGGUAGGAUGCUGUUAAAUGUUUCACCAACCUUGGAUGUUGGGGCAGAUAAGAGUCCGUUUGAAGCAAUUGUGUCUUCUGGGACACAACUAUGUUCUCGUCGGUUGCUACAACAGAUUAUAUACUGUGUAGGUGGGGUAUCAGUUUUCUUUCCUCUGUUCACACAGACUGAGCUGUAUGAAGAUGAAGACAAUCAGCCAGUGUGUCAGACAUUGCUAACUCCGGUUACAAGAGAACGUUUGACUGCUGAAGUUAUUGAGCUUAUAGCAUCUGUUUUAGAUGACAAUUUAGCCAAUCAACAACAGAUGCUUCUACUCUCCGGAUUUUCAAUAUUGGGGUUUUUACUUCAAUCUGUUCCACCUCAACAGCUCAAUUUGGAAACACUUUCGGCUCUAAAACAUUUAUUGAAUGUGGUUUCAAAUAGUGGCUUGUCAGAUAUGCUUGUGAAGGAUGCUAUAUCAAAUAUAUUACUUAAUCCACUUAUCUGGGUGCACUCAGUUUACAAGGUGCAGCGUGAGCUAUAUAUGUUUCUUGUUCAGCAGUUCGAUAAUGAUCCAAGGUUGCUAACAAGUCUAUGUAGGCUCCCUCGUGUUCUUGAUAUAAUACAACAGUUUUACUGCAAUGAUGUAAAAAAGAGUUCUGCUUUUGGAAACAAACCGCUUCUAGCUUUACCACGGUCAGUUAUAGCAGAAAGACCCACCAAAGAUGAAAUACACAAAAUUCGUCUCCUUUUAUUGAGCCUUGGCGAGAUGAGUCUCAGGGAGCAUAUUUCAGUAUCAGAUAUAAAUGCUCUUAUCACAUUUUUUGAGGGCAGUCAGGACAUGUCAUGCAUUGAAGAUGUUCUACAUAUGAUUAUUCGUGGUGUAUCACAAAAGCCACUUCUUGCUUCAUUUCUGGAGCAGGUCAAUUUGAUUGGUGGAUGUCACAUUUUUGUCAAUCUUCUCCAAAGGGAUUUUGAGCCUAUCAGAUUGCUCAGUUUACAGUUCCUUGGUAGACUGCUCGUUGGUCUUCCAUCAGAGAAGAAAGGAUCAAAGUUUUUUAGUAUUUCCGUAGGAAAGCCUAAAUAUAUUUUAGACAGCCACAAGAAAGGCACAUCAAGGAUGCAACCCAUUUUCUCAAUAAUGUCAGACCACCUGUUCAAGUUUCCUCAGACGGAUCUUUUGUGUGCAACAUUGUUUGAUGUUCUUCUUGGAGGUGCAAGCCCUAAACAGGUUCUACAAAAGCAUAACCAACCUGACCGUCCCAGGAGUAACUCACAAUUCUUUCUUCCUCAAAUCUUAGCCCUCAUUUUCAGAUUUUUGGCAAAUUGUGAUGAUGGUAAAACAAGAAUUAAAAUCAUUAGCGAUUUACUUGAUCUUCUGGAUUCAAAUCCUUCAAACAUAGAAGCUCUAAUGGAGCAUGGUUGGAACACAUGGCUGGAUUCUUCUUUGAGGCUGAAGGCAUUGAGGAGCUACAAACUAAAGACACAUACUCACAGUGGCUUUGAGAUCAGUGAACAAAACUUUAUUAGGAGUUUGUAUUGUGUUGUCCUUUGCCAUUGCAUGCAUUCUGUCAAGGGAGGCUGGCAACACUUAGAGGAGACUGCGAAUUUUAUACUUCUUCAUUGUGAACAAGGUUGCCUCUCAUAUCAGUAUUUCCUUCGGGAUCUCUAUGAGGACUUAAUCCAGAAACUGUUGAAUUUUUCUGAUGCGGAAAAUACACUUGUGACACAGCCUUGCCGGGACAAUAUGUUGUAUCUUCUGAAACUAGUUGAUGAGAAGCUUCUCUCAGAAAUAAAAUUUAAACUUCCGUUUCCAGCAAGCGGCACAAACUUUUCAACUGAGUUCUUAGAACUAGAAAACCUCAAAGACCUUGAUUCUGCCUUAUCUGAGGCAUUGCAAGGAGAAUCCGACGAGAAAUUAUCAAGGAGUAUGGGGGUUCAGAAGCUGUCUGCCACAGAAGAAGAGGAGAAAAUCGAUGAAGAAUGGUGGAGUUUAUAUGAUAACCUAUGGAAUAUUAUUAGUGCAAUACAUGGCAAGGGACCAAAUAAGACGCUACCAAAGCCUUCCCCAACUACAAUUACAUCCCUUGGACAAAGAGCUCUUGGUUUGGUUGAAUCACUAAAUAUUCCCGCAGCUGAAAUGGCUGCUGUUGUUGUAUCAGGUGGAAUUAGCAAUGCUUUGACUGGAAGACCAAAUAAACCUAUUGACAAAGCUAUGGUGUUAAGAGGGGAGAAAUGUCCAAGAAUUAUUUUUCGACUGGUGAUUCUGUAUCUUUGUAAGUCAUCCCUUGAAAGAGCAUCUCGAUGCGUGCAACAGCUUAUCCCCCUUCUGCCUUGUCUUCUUACUGCUGAUGAUGAGCAAAGCAAGAACCGGUUGCAACUCUUCAUAUGGGCCUUGCUUGCUGUUAGAUCACAUUAUGGGAUGCUCGAUGAUGGUGCUAGAUUUCAUGUUAUUGCUCAUUUAAUUCGUGAAACAGUAAAUAGUGGAAAGAUAAUGUUAGCUACAAGUAUUGCUGGCAGAGAGGAUUCUGCCGAUUCAAGCAGCUAUGGUAAGGAAGGAAGUUCCAUUCAUAACCUGAUCCAAAAGGAUCGAGUACUUUCUGCGUUUUCUGAUGAAGUAAAAUAUAUUAAGAACUCGGGAGCUGAUAGGACCAGUCAAUUACAUGAGCUUCAUCUUCGGCUAGAUGAACUGGUCAUCAUUGAUUCUGAUCAAAAGAAAGCAUUCCGAGAUGAAAUUCAUUACAGUUUAAUAUCCAUUCUUGCCUCAGACAACAAAAGAAGAGAUUCUUCCAGGCUUUCUAUAGAUGAGGAGCAGCAAGUAGUUGCUGGAAAGUGGAUUCACACUUUUCGCUCUCUAAUUGAUGAGAGGGGUCCAUGGUCUGCUAAUCCAUUUCCAAAUAAUAUUACAACAUUCUGGAAACUUGAUAAGACAGAAGAUGCAUGGCGUCGCCGGCAGAAAUUGAGACGGAAUUAUCAUUUUGAUGGAAAGCUAUGUCUUCCUCUCUCUGCUAUACCUACUGAAGCCCCUUCUCUUGCUGCCAAUGAUGGAAAAUAUGGUUUUGGAGCCAAUAUUCCAGAGCAGAUGAAGCGGUUUUUGCUGAAAGGGAUUCACAAGAUUACGGACGAGGGUUCUACAGAAUUAAGUGAAAGUGAUGCGGAAUGUAGUGGCCAUGGGGUCUCUGCUUCUCAUGAUUCAACUGAUAAGCGGUCCUCUGAGGGUGUCAGAGAGAUCGAUGACCAAACAGACGUUGCUCAGGACAGAAAAGACUGCCUUUCUUCAUCUGCAGAAACAGAAAAUAGUGAGGUUCUCUUGUCGGUCCACUGUGUUCUAGUUGCACCAAAGAGAAAAUUAGCUGGACAUCUGACUGUCAUGAAGAAAUUCUUGCAUUUCUCUGGUGAAUUUUUAGUGGAAGGUACUGGAGGAUUUUCUGCUUUUAAAAACAUUGACUCUUCAGGUGUGCUUGAUCUGAGCAAGGCUGAUCCCGAAGGUGGAUGCCAGAAGCAGAAACUUCUCAAGUGGCCUGGCAGCCUUGAUCUUGAUUCUGAAAGAGGAAAAGCUAUUGAUAGCAUAAGUGCAUUGUGUGGAAAUGUUCCUCAAAAGAAUCCUAACAAUAUCAAGCGCCAUAGAAGAUGGAACAUAGCUAAGGUAAAAGCUGUCCAUUGGACCAGAUAUCUGCUUAGAUACACAGCGAUUGAAAUCUUCUUCAAUGACUCCACUGCUCCAGUGUUUUUAAAUUUUGCAACACAGAAGGAUGCAAAGGAUGUUGGCAGCUUGAUCAUUACUCACAGAAAUGAUUCAAUGUUUCCCAAGGGAUAUAGGGACAAGACUAGCAUUAUUUCCUUUGUUGAUCGACAUGUUGCGUUAGAAAUGGCAGAAAUCGCUAGAGAAAGUUGGAGGAGAAGAGAGAUUACAAACUUUGAGUACUUGAUGAUUCUUAACACACUCGCAGGAAGAUCUUAUAAUGAUUUAACUCAGUAUCCUGUGUUUCCUUGGGUAUUGUCUGAUUAUUCUUCAGAGACUCUUGAUUUGAACAAGUCAUCUACUUAUAGGGAUCUUUCAAAACCAGUUGGAGCACUGGAUCCAAAGCGACUGGAGGUUUUUGAAGACAGAUAUCGAAGCUUUUGUGAUCCUGAUAUUCCCAGUUUCUAUUAUGGUUCUCAUUACUCUAGCAUGGGAAUUGUGCUCUUCUACCUUCUUAGAUUGGAGCCUUUUACAGCACUCCAUCGUAAUUUGCAGGGUGGCAAGUUUGAUCACGCUGACAGACUUUUCCAAGGCAUAGAAGGCACAUUUAGGAAUUGCCUUUCUAAUACAAGUGAUGUCAAGGAAUUGAUACCUGAAUUUUUUUACAUGCCAGAGUUCCUCGUUAAUUCAAACACAUAUCAUUUCGGAUCCAAACAAGAUGGAGAACCAAUAGGUGAUGUUGUUCUCCCUCAAUGGGCUAAGGGUUCUCCAGAAGAAUUCAUAAGCAAGCAUAGGGAGGCCCUUGAAAGUGAAUAUGUUAGCUCAAACCUUCACCAUUGGAUCGAUUUGAUCUUUGGUUAUAAACAGCGCGGUAAACAAGCAGUUGAGGCAGCAAACAUUUUUUACUAUUUAACAUAUGAAGGCGCUGUUGAUCUGGAGACAAUGGAAGAUGAGUUGCAGAGAUCCGCAAUUGAAGAUCAAAUUGCUAAUUUUGGCCAAACACCUAUUCAGAUUUUCCAAAAGAGACACCCUAGAAGAGGCCCACCCAUACCUAUAGCACAUCCUUUGCGAUACGCACCUGGUUCUAUCAAUUUGACCUCAAUCGUUUCAAGUACUAAUAAUUUACCAUUAACAGUGUUGUAUGUUAAUGUGUUUGAUUCUAGCAUUGUCCACGUGAACCAAGGUCUCACCAUGUCUGUUAAGACGUGGUUAACAACUCAAUUGCAGUCUGGUGGGAACUUCACCUUCUCGGGUUCACAGGAUCCUUUCUUUGGCAUUGGAUCUGAUAUCCUCUCUCAUCGGAAAAUUGGGAGUCCUCUGGCAGAAAAUAUUGAACUUGGUGCACAGUGUUUUUCAACAUUACAAACACCAUUUGAGAACUAUUUAAUAUCAUGUGGUACCUGGGAAAAUAGCUUUCAGGUGAUAUCAUUAACCGAUGGAAGAAUAGUGCAGAGCAUUAGACAUCAUAAAGAUGUUGUUAGCUGCAUUUCAGUGACAUCAGACAGAAGCAUCCUUGCCACUGGGAGUUAUGACACAACAGUUAUGGUUUGGGAAAUUUCUCGGGGAAAACCUUCUGACAAGAGAGUUAAGCAUACUCAGCAAGAGGUUCAUCGCGUCAUUGCUGAGAGUCCAUUUCACAUACUCUGCGGGCAUGAUGAUGUAAUCACUUGCUUACAUGCAAGUAUGGAGCUUGAUGUUGUUAUUAGUGGAUCAAAAGAUGGAACUUGUGUCUUCCAUACUCUGCGUGAUGGUAGAUAUGUAAGAUCCAUUAGGCAUCCAGCUGGCAGCCCGUUGUCGAAGCUUGUUGUUUCUCGUCACGGACAAAUCGUUCUUUACUCUGAUGAAGAUCUUAGUUUGCAUCUGUACUCCAUCAACGGGAAACACAUCGGAUCUUGCGAAUCCAAUGGCCGCCUAAACUGUCUUGAGCUUAGCGGGUGUGGCGAGUUCUUGGUUUGUGCGGGUGACCAAGGUCAAAUUAUCGUGCGAUCAAUGAGCUCCCUGGGAAUUGUUAAAAGGUACAAUGGGAUAGGCAAAUCAGUAACUUCACUGACCGUGACACCUGAAGAUUGCUUCAUAGCUGGGACAAAAGAAGGGAAUCUUCUUGUUUAUUCUAUAGAGAAUCUUCAAAUGCGCAAGACGAGCGGUCAACAAAAUAUGAAACCCAAACCCUCUGUAACAUGAUUAGUUUCAGCAUUCAUGGCUCACACUGGUUUCUCAUGCUUGAUCUUACUUAGUCCCCGAAUGUGGAAAUGGUUCACAAGAAGUUGACUUUUUCUUUCAACAAAGAGGGAACUGCAAAUACUUGAGGUCAAGAGGUACCCUGUGAUAUUAAUAUUGUACAUUGUUAUAUAAUAUAAAGUUUUUUUUUUGGAAGUUUGAGAGGUCUCACCUGGUUGUGAAUAACUGGCAAGUGGUGUGGUUGGUGUUGUAAGGCCAUGAGCAUUGUAUAGAUGUUUGAUGGGGCUUAACAUCUACUCAUCUCAAUAUACUCGAGUGACGAACAUGUUUUAUCCUCCAAAAUUGUCCGCCAAUUGCCUUCAAACACAAUCGGUUCCAAAAUAAAGCUUUUUAUUCUAAUCAAAACAGUUGAUAUAAAAGGCACAAUUGAUAAGAAAGUUGAAAUUGGAGUUGAGUUUGCAAGACAAAAUUAAGAAAAAUAAGACUGGUUG